AUAAGCGCUUGCGGGCCGUUUCCCCUCGCGCUGGGGUUGCCUAGAGGGCUUGGGGCCGGGAGGUGGGUGGAGUGGGCGGCCUACGCUCGCCAAGGCGGCACUCGGGGACGAUGGCUGAGGGCGAUAAUCGCAGCACCAACCUGCUGGCUGCAGAGACGGCCAGUCUGGAAGAACAACUGCUCGGAUGGGGAGAAGUGAUGCUGAUGGCAGACAAAGUCCUCCGGUGGGAGAGAGCCUGGUUUCCCCCUGCCAUCAUGGGUGCCGUGUCUUUGGUAUUUCUGACGAUCUACUAUCUAGACCCAUCCGUUCUGUCCGGUGUUUCCUGUUUUGUUAUGUUCUUGUGCUUGGCUGACUACCUUGUUCCCAUUCUAGCGCCUAGAAUUUUUGGCUCCAAUAAAUGGACCACUGAGCAGCAGCAAAGGUUCCAUGAAAUCUGCAGCAACGUAGUAAAAACCCGACGCAGAGCCGUGGGCUGGUGGGAGCGCCUGUUCACGCUCAAGGAAGAAAAGCCUAAAAUGUACUUCGUGACCAUGAUCAUUGCUCUUGCCGCGGUUGCUUGGGUGGGACAGCAAGUCCACAACCUUUUUCUCACCUACCUGAUUGUGACUUUCGCACUGUUGCUUCCUGGACUGAAUCAACAUGGAAUCAUUUCAAAGUACAUUGGAAUGGCCAAGAGGGAGAUCAACAAGCUUCUCAAACAAAAAGAAAAGAAGACCGAAUGAGGCAUCUGCGUCUUGGGGGUGCUGACGGGCGUGUGUGUGGUCUCUUUCUGCCCUUAGUUGAUAGUUUACCCAGCCUGGCCGAGCCAGCCUUUGUGUGUAGUGUUUCUCUUGUUCACUGGAGCCGAGUGCUCUCGUCGUUUGAUCUAAUACGUAUGGACAGCUCACCAGAGUCCUCACCUGUGGGCAAUUGAAUUCUUAUUUGGGGGCAAUCUCCUUUAAAGUAAUAUAGUGGUGACCUUUAUCCUUUAGUUCCCUGUAGUUUCCAGUGAUUCUUGGGAAUUGUUCAAGUCCGUCUUUGUGGAGCUGAUACAAGCUCCUGGUCUGUGGCUACAGGAGGUGAGUUCUGCUGUCUGCUACCAAGAUCGGCUAGCUUCAUAGAUCUAGAGACCCAUUGAUUUUGCUACCUCUGAUGAAGAGACCAAUUAUGACUCAUUCCUCAUUCUGAUUCUUUACCAUGGAGGGAGAAUCCGCACACGAUCAAAUGAAAAUUAUUUCUACACCCCUAGGAUCUGUUGUUGGUACCUUGAGCAAAACUUAGCAAUUUGUUGAAACAUUGAUCUUUUUCUCUGGUAGAGGGAGAGCAUUUGUUCCCUCCCUCUUAGACUUGAAAUCCUGAGAGCCUUAUCAAUGGCAGACUUCCAACAGAUGGCCUUACGGAUUUUUUAUGUAGUUUUCAUCGCAAUUUUUAGCUGACCGAAACUAAAGUGCAAAGAGGGCCCAACACAUGUCUAUGACCUUCACGCACCAGACCAGCCGAUGAAGGACAGAAGUGCACGGUUAGUCAAGAUCCAUUUCUGUAGACAAUAGCUUGCCUACGUUUUCAAAGGACCAGCAUGUGUAUUUAAGCCUCGUGGCUCUCAUUUGAUGAGUCAGCUCUCUCCUCCCCCAUGAGUUUGGAAUAGGAGGUCAAGGGGGACUAUGUUGACAUCUGGCUUUUUUUUCCUCCUAGAUCUUUCUCUCUGAAGAAGACAAGGGCGGUGGGUUAGAGCUGGCUCAUGACACUGUUUGCCUCUGAUCUAAAUAGAUUCUAACUCCUUAAAAAGCCUCAUGGAAUCAUUCUUUGAAUUCAGUAGCUAGGAAUGUAUAGAGUAGUUGAAAUCGGUAGGAAUGAUCCCCCUGAUGACCAAACAAGUUAAGAGGGAUUUGGGAACAAUUCUUAACACUGAUUAACUAGGUGUCAUAAGAGUUCUGUGAAUGUAUUGCACUGACGCUGUGUAACUUGGACGUUGUGGUCUCUCUGCCCCUUCUACUGUAGGCUGCAGGGCCUGUGCAGCUUUUUUUAAAUAGUUCAUAGAAAAGGACCUUAAUUUUACAUGUGUUUCCUCGUUGUAAAUAAGCCUGUCUUUCCCAUCUUUUUUGUGUGUGUGCAGGGGGGGGGAGGUAGGGGAGGUUGUACAUGUUCUGAUUAACUACUUUUACAUCUUAGUUCUGUAUGAUUCCUUCCACUUUGUUUUGUGUAAGAGGAAUAAAAAGUUGGCAUCUC